AUGGCUUUCCAGGAUAGGAACCACACUGCAGUGACAGAGUUCAUUUUAUUGGGAUUAACAGAUGACCCGGUCCUUAGAGUUGUCCUCUUCACUAUCAUCCUAUGCAUCUACCUCGUGACUGUGUCUGGGAACCUCAGCACCAUCCUUCUCAUCAGAGUCUCUUCUCAGCUCCAUCACCCAAUGUACUUUUUUCUCAGCCACUUGGCUUCUGUUGACAUAGGCAUUUCAUCUUCUGUCACACCCAAUAUGCUUGUUAAUUUUUUGGUGGAGAAAAAUUCCAUCUCCUACCUUGGAUGUGGCUUCCAGCUCAGCUCAGCUGCUUUAUUUGGUGCAACUGAAUGCUUCCUUCUGGCUGCCAUGGCUUAUGAUCGCUUCAUGGCAAUCUGCAACCCACUGCUUUAUUCCACCAAAAUGUCCACACAAGUCUGUGUUCAGUUGAUUGUAGGAUCUUAUAUUGGUGGGUUUCUAAAUGCAUCCUCCUUUCUACUUUCCUUCUUUUCUCUUCUCUUCUGUGGACAAAAUAGAAUUAAUGAUUUUUUCUGUGAUUUUGCUCCUUUAGCUGAGCUCUCCUGUGAUGAUGUCAGUGUCUUUGUAAUUGUUAUCUCAUUUUCUGCUGGCUCAGUUACUAUGAUCACAGUGGUUGUCAUAGCCAUCUCCUAUUCCUACAUCCUCAUCACAAUCCUCAAGAUGCACUCCACUGAGGGCCGACAGAAAGCCUUCUCCACAUGCACCUCCCACCUCACAGCAGUCACUUUAUUUUAUGGAACAGUUACAUUCAUCUAUGUGAUGCCCAAGUCCAGCUAUUCAAUGGACCAGAACAAAGUGAUAUCUGUGUUCUACAUGGUGGUGGUCCCCAUGUUGAACCCGCUUAUCUACAGCCUUAGGAAUAAUGAGAUUAAGGGUGCACUGAAAAGACAUUUUGAUAGGAAAACAUUCUCUAAAAGCAACAUGUAG